AUGACGACAGCCCACAGACCCACCUUUGACCCGGCGCAAGGAAAAGAGGCGCUUCGAGGCCCAGCAUACCAUCAGCGGCUUCUUCCAGCUCAUACACAUUUGAAAGUUCGCCAACCGGGACAAGGAGGUGAUGCUGAUAAUGAAGUCCGUGAUCUGCGCGCAGAGCUGUUGAAGGCGGAGGCCGCCCACUUUGCUAAGAAGAAUGGUGUUUCCGUCGAUGAGCCUACCACGUCCGAGACAACUGUCCCCAAACGACAACUCGAACGCAUACCCACCGAUGCUGAUGCCGAUGUCGAGGAAGAAGACCCAGAAGCCAAACGACGGCGCAUCUUAGAAGAGACACGCGACAUAGAUGCAGACUCAGAUGGAUCAGAAGACGACAGCAGUGAAGAGGAAAGCGAUGAUGAGGAUGAGGCGGCUGAGUUAAUGCGUGAACUGGAGAAGAUCAAGAAGGAACGACAGGCCCAGAAGGAGAAGGAGGAUCAAGAACGGGCGGCCGAAGAGCAGGAACAGCGCGAGGUCGAUAUUGCCCGAGGAAACCCACUGCUCAACCCACAAGACUUUAACAUGAAGCGACGGUGGGACGACGAUGUGGACUUGCUGCGCUCCGACUUCCACAAGCGAUUCAUGUCGAAGUACGUCCGGUAA